AUGUCCGUGUUUCGCACCCCGAAGAGUUCAGGACAGGCUCCUCACAUCCCAGACGACCUGACCAUACCGCAAUUCAUUCUCGACUACCAUCACCCCAUUAGGCCCCACCGACCCAAUGGUGUCCCCUGGUUAGUCGCUGACAAGAGCGGCAAGCGUAUGGACUUGGAAGAGGUAAGUGCGGCGCAGCGCGCUGCAAAGCUAGCUAACCAUGAGCAGAUCCAAACGCGUACGACGGGUCUCGCCAUCAGCUUGCAGCGCAGGUAUUCAAUUGUCGAAGGAAACUCCGUCCUCUUCUUCAGCAGCAACCACAUUGACUACCCCGUAUGUAUGUGGGCCGUCCAUCGACUUCUCGGGGUCGUUGCUCCGUGCAACCCAGCCUUGACUGUCUCAGAGUUGGCUCAACAUAUCAAAUUAUCUCGUGCAUCGCUUAUGAUCGUCCAUAUCGACUUCUUGAAGACUGCGGUUGCCGCUUCGCAGGCUGCAGGGUUACCCUCUGGGCGCAUCAUUGUGAUGUCAGAUCAAGAUGCAGAGGACCCCUCCAUUCCUGACGGGUUCGGCUCUCUCGACAGCUUGAUACACGAAGGCCUUCAGUCUGGGGCGCGUCUUACUGAGGUAAAACUGAAGACAGGUGAGGGAAAGACUAGAAUCGCUUUCUACAGUUCCUCCAGCGGCACAACGGGACCACCAAAGCUCGUGCAAAUUUCCCACUACGCAUUCAUCGCAAACGUUCUACAAGUGGCCGCGUUCAAUAGGGUGUCGGAUCCAUACGAUGAUUGGGAGAAACUCAGAUAUCGUCCUGGGGAUGCCUGUCUAGCUGUGCUUCCUUUCUAUCAUAUCUACGGCCUCGUCCUUAUCACGCACUUCAACAUGUUCGCAGCUAUCUCCGUGGUUGUAGUCCCCAAGUUUGACUUUUUGGGAAUGCUGAAAAGUAUCGUCCGCCACAAGAUCACCUCAUUGAUGGUUGUGCCGCCUCAAGUUGUUCUCCUUUGCAAGGAUCCAAUCGUCAAAAACUUCGACCUCUCGUCAGUCAGAGUGGUCCUGUGUGCUGCCGCUCCUCUAUCUGAGGAAUUGUACGACCAGCUUCUGCAACUCAUGCCCCAAAUCUACAUCGGACAGGCUUAUGGGUCUACUGAGGCCACCGGUGUGGUUUCUAUGUGUCCAGUGAAGCAGAAGUGUGGGCGCUUUGGUGGAGUUCUGGUGGCCGGCGUAGAAGCGAUGGUGGUGAAGGCCGACAAUACCUUCGCCGGCUACAAUGAAGAGGGAGAGCUCCUCAUCAAGACACCCGCGUCUGCGACGGGCUACCUAGACAAUGACGUAGCCACUCGGGAAUCGUUUGUUGACGGGUGGAUACGCACAGGCGAUCUCGUCAAAAUCGACGAGAACGACGAAAUAAUAGUUGUCGACCGCUUGAAGGAAAUAAUCAAGGUUCUCAAGAACGCCGUUCGGGGGUUCCAGGUUGCCCCGGCCGAGCUCGAAGGCUGUCUCUUGGAUCACCCAUAUGUCGCGGACGUGUGCGUUGUUGGUGUCCCCCAUUCGUACAGCGGCGAAGUCCCCAUGGCGUUUGUGGUUCCAACGGCAGCGGGAGCAGCCGCCGGCGCUGAACAUCUGACAGAAGCAGUCACAAAGCACGUCGCGGAAAACAAAGCUCCAUUCAAGCACCUCCACCAUGUCACCGUCGUCCAGAGCAUUCCCAAGACUCCCAUCAGCCAAAUUGUAGUCGUAUGGUUGGGUGGAGCUGCUACUGAUGCUACACACGUCCCGUAUCUUGACGCUGAGUUCUUGUUUAUGUGUGAAACAACCCUUUAA